AUGAUUGAUAACCCCAGGGAAAAGCUUGUGCUGCCUCAUUAUGAUAUGGCUAUCCAACAGGCCAUAAUUUUGUCGCAACAGGGAAAUCUAGACCUCAUCCAUAUAUGCACCAUCCUUUUUUCGGAUAUCGAGCUUCUACAGGGCAAUCCGAGAGGCGCACUGCUUCAUUCCAGACAUGGUGCGGGAAUUUUCAAGUCAAGUCAGGAUAACCUCGGAAUCGGUAGCCUCGGAAUUGCUCGUUCGUAUCAAUUGUUUGAUGAACACCUCUCUGGUCACCAUGCUACAACUGAAGACAUUUCGAGUGAGCCGAGGCUUCUCCUACCCAGCGGAGGCUUCAGUAGCCUGGAACAAGCCCAUCAAUCUUUUGCAAGUCUUGUAGCCAAGUCCUGGCCAUUACUAGCUGCAUUUGCUUUAGGCAAAAGUACUUCUGAACACCUGUCGCAGCAUAAUUCUACCACGAGUCCUUCCAUGAUGCACAGAGCCGAGCGAGCAGUGCAUUUGGACUUGGAUUUGUGGGCAAACUCACUUUUGUCAUCGAAAGAUCUCCUUGGACUACAAGAUACUGGCUAUAAACUCCAAAGCCUCAAGAUCAAUUGGCUGACUGUGAGGAUUCGGAUGACAUCGAGCCUUUGGGACACUGCCGCCAAUACAUCUGAUGGAGAAGGCUUCCAGGAGCUCAUGAGACAUUAUCAAAGUCUGUGGGGUAAGAAUGUCGAGGCAAUGCGUUAUGUGGUAGUUUCGCAGAGCAGUUAUAGGCUCUAA